GCACACGCAGUGUCAGUCCAGUUGUGCGCCCUCGCCGGAGAGGCUCUAGCUGGGAAGUUUUGUGCGAGUGAGUCAACAGGGCACGGGCAGGACGCCACCCAGCACUGAACCUGGAUCCAACGCUGGGCUUCUUCCUCUCCUCAGAGGACCCAGGACACAAAGGCGACUUCACUUGGGUCCCUUCGCGGGAGCUGGGGAUUUAGUUUUCAACCUUCGCACACCGGGGAUGGUUAUUGUCGUUUUGACGCGGCUUUUUCCUCAUUGGAAUUAACGCGGCGGAGGGGAAAUGAAAGUGACGGUGUGUUUCGGGAGGACCCGGGUGGUCGUUCCGUGUGGAGAUGGGAAUAUAAAAGUCCACAACCUUAUCGAAAAAGCGGCCAUGAGGUAUAAGAAGGCGAUCGCAAAGGACCUAAGCUACUGGGUCCAGGUCCACCGAUUGGAACAUGGAGACGGAGGCAUUUUGGACCUGGAUGACAUGUUGUGUGAUGUGGUGGAUGACAAAGAUAGGCUUGUAGCUGUAUAUGAAGAACAGGAUCCUCACAAUGGAGGUGACGGUACCAGCGCCAGCUCAACAGGUACGCAGAGUCCCGAACCCUUUGCCAGUGAGAUGAGUUCGGCAUCUGCCUUCCAACCCUACCAGACCAGCAGUGAGAUCGAGGUCACUCCGUCCGCCCUGCGAUCCAACAUGCCUCUCCAUGUCCGUCCCAGCAGUGAUCCCUCCCUGGCCGACUUUCCUCCCGGUGAAGUCCCAGUUGGUCCAGAGGAACCAUCCAGAAAGAACCCGACUCGCUGGUCCACAGCGGCUGGCUUCCAAAAGUACAACCACAAACCAAACACCAGCAGUGGUACCGGCAGCCUGGAACGAAAGGGCAGAGGAGGCCAUGCCUACCGGAGCCUUCCGCGGGAUGCGAAUGGCUGGACCACUCAGUUCCAGAGGGAGAUGACUCGAUCCUCCCUGAGCGCCAACCAUCCAAUGGUGGACCAAUGGCUUGACAGACAGGACCAGGAGGAGGAGGAAGAAGAGCAAAAGAAACAAGAAAGGAGGAUUGAGCGGACAGAGCCAGUAGGGAGGGCUGACUCCUCAUUGGAGCGUUCACCGUUGUUAAGUCUAGAAGGCAUGCUCAGGCCGGUCAAGGUGUCCAAUGAAGGAGGGCCCCUGGGGAUCCACGUAGUGCCUUUCAGUUCGCAGGAUCUCAGGACUCAGGGUUUGCUUGUGAAACGUCUGGAGCAGGGAGGCAAAGCUGAACAGGAACGUCUCUUCCAGGAGAACGACUGCAUAGUCAAGAUAAAUCAGGGAGAUAUUCGCAACCUGCGCUUCGAACAAGCCCAGAACAUGUUCAGGCAGGCCAUGCGUUCCCCGGUCAUCCUCUUCCACAUGGUCCCCGCAGCCAUGAAGCGGCAGUACGAGUUGCUGUCAGCGCAGAGUGAACUCAGCUCACCCCAGUCCAACAGAGUCUACUUUAGCCAAGGGGAGAGGUCCAGUCUAGUGGGGGGGCCGGCACCCAGGUUGGGACCACAACCUGGCCUCAAUCACAACCAUCAGGGCCCCCUGGCAGGAAGCACCCCCGAGCCAAGCCGACGGUACACCACGCUACCCCACACCUUGGUCUCCAGGACCUUGUCAGCCCCCUCCCCCUCCCUGCAGCGCAGGGUAAGCAUAAACCCAUGCACCAGCUCCUACCUAAAGAACAAAGGCCGCAGAUUCAACAUCCAGCUGAAGAAAGGUCCUGAGGGUCUCGGGUUCAGCAUCACAUCCAGAGACGUCCCCAUUGGCGGCAGUGCUCCCAUUUAUGUCAAAAACAUCCUUCCUCGAGGGGCCGCCAUUCAAGAUGGCCGACUGAAAGCUGGAGAUCGGCUGCUAGAGGUUAGUGGAGUGGACCUUAACGGUAAGACCCAGGAAGAGGUGGUGGCACUGCUACGAGCCACACCCAUGGGGGGCACUGUGAACCUGUUGGUGACUCGCCAGGAGGACUCCCUGCUGCCCCGAGAAGUGCAGCCAGAGGAAGACGACAUGGUGUUAACCCCUGAUGGUACACGAGAGUUCAUGACCUUUGAGAUCCCCCUGAGUGACUCAGGCUCUGCAGGCCUGGGUGUCAGUGUCAAGGGUAAUCGGUCCAAGGAGAACCAUGCCGACUUGGGCAUCUUUGUGAAAUCCAUUAUCAAUGGAGGGGCUGCUAGCAAGGAUGGGCGUCUACAUGUCAAUGACCAACUCAUUGCAGUCAAUGGAGAGUCGUUGCUCGGGAAGACCAACCAGGAUGCCAUGGAAACACUGCGCAAAUCCAUGUCUGUGGAGGGCAACAAGCGAGGGAUGAUCCAGCUCAUCGUGGCCCGGCGGGUGGCCAAAAACAGUGAGGAAGCCCCUGGCAGCCCUCCAGUUUUAGUGCAUCCCAUGAACUCUCUACUGGACAACCAUGAGCGCCGUAUCUCCCACUCUCUGUAUGAAACCAUUGAGGGCUUGGACAACAUCUCCACACCACGGGCUAAUGUGAUGGGACGCAUUGGUAACUACCAGCUCUCUCCCACUGUGAACAUGCCGCAGGACGACAUAGUGAUGAUUGAAGACGAUAGGCCACCUCUGCUUCCGGCCCACCUUUCCGACCAAUCGUCCUCCAGUUCCCACGAUGACAUGGGCUUUGUGGGAGACAACCCGGUGUCCUGGAUCCACGAGCUGCCCGGUCAGAAUGAAUGCUCGCUCAGUCCGGACGCAGAUCCUGAUGGUGCAUUCCAGAGGGAGGGCUUUGGCCGGCAGAGUAUGUCAGAAAAACGCAUCAAACAAUAUGAAAAUCCUGCCCAGCUGGAGAUCAUCAAGACCCGCAAGUCCAAGAGCAUGGAUCUAGUAGCAGAUGAGAUUAACUGCAGCACAAGAACCAAUGGAGGCUCUGCAGAACAAGAGGUCGGACCCUCGCUGGGCCUGAAAAAGUCGAGCUCCCUCGAAAGUCUCCAGACGGCUGUUGCUGAGGCAACACUGAACAGUGAGAUUAACGUCAACAGGUCACGCUCACGGAUUGUCAGGGGCCGCGGCUGCAAUGAGAGCUUCCGAGCCGCAAUUGACAAAUCAUAUGAGAAAUCUGGUGUCACAACGGCAGAAGAAGAGAACAGCAUGGAGACAUUGGACGAGGAUACAGAGGGAAGUUCCCGAUCAGGUCGUGAGUCGAUGUCCACCAGCGGUGACCUCAUUGUGGGUCCUGGGCUGAAUGGCAACCUCUCCAAAGAUGACAGACAGAAAGACUGGGACAAGGUUGGCGGGAAGGAAAAGAAGAAACCUGAAAGGGAUAAAGAGGAGAAAGACAAGGACAAGAUGAAAGCCAAGAAAGGCAUGCUGAAGGGCCUGGGCGAGAUGUUCAGGUUUGUAAAGCACCGGAGGGAUGAGCGGCCAGGAGACAGGAUGGAGAGGAAGAGCUCCAGUAAAUCUAAAGCCGAGGACAUGCAGGCGUCAGAAGAGGAGACCCUGCGGAUGAGGCUUGAACAAGAGAGAAUACAGGCCAAGACGCGGGAACUUCGGGAGAGGCAGGCAAAGGAGAGGGAAUAUGCUGAGAUCCAAGAUGUUGUCAGCCGCACCUUCAGCUCAGAUGAAGAGCACACCUACGCCGGCAUCGGCUCAUUAGACUCGUCAGUCGAUAGCAGCGGAAUGGACCCUUACAACCACCACUACCAUCUCCCUCAAAGUCCCCAGAGUCCUCACCUUCCCUUGAGCCUUCAGGACAAUGGUCCACCCCUGGAAGCUCUGUAUGCCCAGGUCAACAAGCCUCGAAAUGGACGCUCUGCAGCACCAGACGGCAGUCAGCUGGCUCCCAGUAACCAUGACCGGAUACAAAAGCUGAGGCACGAGUUCCAGCAGGCCAAACAGGAGGAGGACCUUGAGGACCAUCAGCACACCUACAGUUUCGACCAGUCCUGGGUGAGCAACGGGACCGAGACACAGAGCGGACGUCAUUCGGUGACAGUUGAGACUCAGGUUCAGAAACAGAAGCAGGAGGACAGAGAUGGUUUCCAGAAAGCACAGAAACAGUACAGCUCCCUGCCACGGCAAUCUCGCAAGAACCCCAGCACAGUGUCCCAGGACACAUGGGACAAGGUGCACAUGCCAGCGGAGGGAUUCCAGACGUCCAAGGAGAAUCCUCGCUACUCCGGCGUCCAGGGAUCACGUAACGGCUACCUGGGAACUCCCAGCUUCAACGCCCGUGUCCUAUUAGAGACUCAGGAGUUGCUGAGGCAGGAGCAGAGACGCAGAGAGCAGGAGGCCAACAAGGCCAGGCUGCCUUCUGCACAAGAGACCCCCAGCGGCAGCACCUACGACCACAACAGAGAUCACACUCAGGCCCCUGGCUCUGCCCCAGUGCAGUCCCCACCUCAAUCCAAGGGCCCCUAUAGACAGGACGUGCCCCCAUCUCCUUCUCAGCUCGCCAAGCUCAGCAGGCUUCAGGGCUCGGAGAAAGGGAGGCCGUUUUACUCCUGAGACAGUAACAUGGACCUGGAAAGUGGUAGUUUUGGGAGAUGCGGACUGAUUGUAGGGAAAACUAACAGGGAAAAAUACAGAGUGGGCAAUAAGUCUUUUUUUUUUAUAAAAUGCUGAAACAUUCAUGGGACUGUUGAUAUAAACUGUUAAUAUUUUAAAAAAGAUUUCUUUACGAUAAGAACCGUGAUCCUUUUUAGCUUUAUCAAAAAUAAAUGAUUUCAGAUGCUAUAUUGUCCACAAUCCAGAUCAACUAUGUGUUAACUGUAAGUGCCUUCUAGUCCACUGACGGUUCACUUUUUGUAGGCACCAGCCCCAUUUUUGGCCUCAUGGUCUGCGGCUUUGACCCAUCCAUUUGACACAUUCAGCAGAGCAGACAUCGCUACGUCGCCACAUCUGACGGCACUCUGACCUAAACAUCAUAACACCAAGCACGAGACACAGCCCAGGCAUGUUUUUGUACCACUUGGGUCCUGGUGGGGAUCUUAGGCGAUAUCAUGCCGGUGUGAAUGAGGCUUCUUUUUGCCGUUCAGUGGGACUUUGUCAGGCACUGCUGUGCAUGUGUACGUGGGUGUAAGUGCUGGCAGGAGUUGGCAUGCAGUGAACAGAGUGUGGAGGUUAAGCAGCUUGUGUGAACUGCGGAGUCAGAGCUGGGUCUUUGGGCAUGACGGCUCACCCUCCUCAGAUCAGAGAAAUGUCCCUUUUAGUUUCAGAUACACCACCACCCUGAAUCUGUGUCCUCUCUCCAACCCCCUCUUGUGUUUAAUACGAUAAUCCCGAAUUCUCUGUUCCUCUCUUCUGACUGCUUUAGAUCUCCUUUACUCCAACCCUGCCCCACCCACCCAGGGAAUCCAGCAGCAUAAAUUGGGUCAGGUCUGGGCUAUUAAUUAAUGCACCUCAUUAAAAUGAAUGC